GCGGCAACGUGCAGCUGGAAGCGGGCGAGGAGGUGGUUCAGAAAAGCCACUGGCAGAAGAUCCGGACCAUGGUGAACCUGCCGGUCAUAAGCCCUUUCAAGAAACGCUACGCCUGGGUUCAGCUGGCGGGGCACACGGGGAGUUUCAAGGCGGCGGGCACAAGCGGGCUGAUCCUGAAGCGCAGCUCAGAGCCAGAGCGCUACUGCCUGGGGCGACUGAUGGCUGACGCGCUGCGCGGCUGCGUGCCUGCCUUCCAUGGCGUGGUGGAGCGCGACGGCGAAAGCUACCUGCAGUUGCAGGACCUGCUGGACGGCUUCGACGGGCCAUGCGUGCUUGACUGCAAAAUGGGUGUCAGGACUUACCUGGAGGAGGAGCUGACCAAGGCCCGCGAGCGGCCGAAGCUGCGGAAGGACAUGUACAAGAAAAUGCUGGCGGUAGAUCCGGCGGCGCCCACCGAGGAGGAGCACGCGCAGCGAGCUGUCACCAAGCCGCGCUACAUGCAGUGGCGGGAAGGCAUCAGCUCCAGCACCACGCUUGGCUUCCGCAUCGAGGGCAUCAAGAAAGCUGAUGGCUCCUGCAGCACCGACUUCAAGACCACGAGAAGCCGGGAGCAGGUGAUUCGCGUCUUUGAGGAGUUUGUACAAGGAGAUGCAGAAGUGCUGAAGAGGUAUCUGAACCGCCUGCAGCAGAUCCGGGACACCCUGGAGGUCUCCGAGUUCUUUCGCAGGCACGAGGUGAUCGGCAGCUCGCUUCUCUUCGUGCACGAUCACUGCCAUCGCGCGGGCGUGUGGCUCAUCGACUUUGGCAAGACCACGCCCCUCCCUGACGGCCAGAUCCUGGACCACCGGCGGCCCUGGGAGGAGGGCAACCGCGAGGACGGCUAUUUGCUGGGGCUGGACAAUCUCAUUGGCAUCCUGGCCAGCCUGGCCGAGAGAUGAGGCCGGGCCUCUGUACCAGCUUGGGCCCACCGGUCUGACAGAUGUGGACCUGCAGAUGGGUGCCCACCCUGCAUGCCAGAGAGAGACUGGAACCCGGCAGCGCAGUGCGGGGAGGUCAGGGCCCUGCCUGGCCAGGUGCCAACCACUAAGAGGGUGCACUGCAGAUGCCAGGGGUUGGUGCCCACAGUAUGUUCCCAGAGCCGAAUGACACUAAUCUACAGGAGAGGAGGGGACAAGGGGCUUCUUCCUCAGCACCUCUCCAGAGGGGGCCAAUAAUGAAUUUUAUUUCACAGGCCUAGACCUCUUGGUCUACCCUCCCACACUACAAUGGACUCCCCUUCCCAAUAAAAUUCAAAGACCCA